AUGAGGAGGGGGAACCAGAGCAGUGUGUCUGAGUUCAUCCUCCUGGGUCUCCCCAUCCAGCCAGAGCAGCAGGGCAUCUUCUUCACCCUGUUCCUGGCCAUGUACCUGACCACAGUGCUGGGGAACCUGCUCAUCAUCCUGCUCAUCAGGCUGGACUCUCGCCUCCACACCCCCAUGUACUUCUUCCUGUGCCACCUGGCCUUCUCUGACAUCUCCUUAUCAUCUGUCACCAUCCCAAAGAUGCUCAGCAACAUGCAGACUCAAGACCUGUCCAUCCCUUAUAAGGGGUGCAUCUCUCAAUUGUAUUUUUUCUUGUUUUUUGCAGCUGUUGACAAUUUCCUUCUUGUAGUGAUGGCAUAUGACAGAUAUGUGGCCAUCUGCCACCCACUGCACUACAUGUUCAUCAUGCGAGAGGAGCUGUGUGACUUAUUGGUGGCUGGAUCUUGGUUCCUCUCUUGUUUGCCAGCCCUGCUACAUACCCUGCUCUUUUACCGCCUAACCAUGAGGAGGGGGAACCAGAGCAGUGUGUCUGAGUUCAUCCUCCUGGGGCUCCCCAUCCAGCCAGAGCAGCAGGGCAUCUUCUUCACCCUGUUCCUGGCCGUGUACCUGACCACGGUGCUGGGGAACCUGCUCAUCAUCCUGCUUAUCAGGCUGGACUCUCACCUCCACACCCCCAUGUACUUCUUCCUGUGCCACCUGGCCUUCUCUGACAUCUCCUUAUCAUCUGUCACCAUCUCAAAGAUGCUCAGCAACAUGCAGACUCAGCACCUGUCCAUCCCUUAUGAUGGGUGCAUCUGUCAAAUGUAUUUUUUCUUGCUUUUUGUAGCUGUUGACAACUUCCUUCUUGGAGUGAUGGCAUAUAAGAGGUAUGUGGCCAUCUGCCACCCACUGUACUGCAUGAUUGUCAUGAGCAAGGACCUGUGUGACUUAUUGGUGUCUGGAUCUUGGUUCCUCUCUUGUAUGUGUGACCUGAUGCAUACCCUGUUCCUGUCUUGCCUGUCCUGUGCUGACAACACUCUCUCCCACAUUUUCUGUGAUCUCAAUGAACUCCUAAAUUUUUCCAGCUCAGAUACCUCCCUGAAUGAGAUAGUCAUCUCCACCAGUACACCACAGUGUACUAUUUUGGGCUCUUACAUCUCUAUUGGUUUUACUGUCCUGAAGGUCCCCUGGUCUAAGAAGAUCUGCAAAGUUCUGUCCACUUGUGGCUCUCACCUCUUCCUUGUGUUUUUGUAUUAUAGGAUUCCUGCAAUUAUUUAUUUUUUUCCUCCCUCAUAUAAUUCCAAAGUUAAGAAUGUAAUCACUUAUGUUUGUAGAGGUGACACCCAUGUUGAGCCCCUUCAUCUAUAUCCUGAGGAACAUAGAUAUGAAAUUGACUCGGGGAUUACUUGUAGAAAAUAA